UUUUUGUAUUUAUUUUUUAUUUUUUUACCACUAAAUAUUUUUUCAUCUACACGUUUUUUUUAAACAUGAUUGUGAUUUGGAAAACUGAAUCGUACAUUAUUAAAAGAAAUAUUACAUGACAAUCGUAUUUGACAUCUAAAACACAUUAAUUUAGCUAAUGAACAGUCAAUCUAAUACAUAUUAAUGCAGGUUCUACCUGUUGUAACCGAAAUUAGUCUCAGAUUUUUUUUGCAUAUUUCUAAAAAAUUAAUUUGACAUUUGGACUGGUUUCAAAUCCUGCAAGUUGUACCUAUAUAAUUGACAGGAGGCAAAAAUGAACUGUGGUAUUACUUUGUUUGAACAGUACAGAUUACAAAUCUAUGUCCUAUACUGCUGUUUGGUGGUACCUUAAGAGCUGCCAAGCGGUUAUUCUCUUUUAUGUAGUGUUUGAUUAUUGAUUGGCACGGCGCGUUAAAGGCGAACCGGGGCGCCCUAUACAGCAAACUGAAAGGAUGAGACGCGCUGGAACGAUGAGACUCUAGUAACUUUUGAGUGACCUCUGCAUCACAAAGACGGUCUCCAUCAAUUGUCCACAGGCUUUAUUUGCCUUUUUGUGCCCUGGGCGUUUAUAUCUUUUGUCUUGUUCUGUUUUGUUUUGACCUGUCAAAAUCCUCAGGACUGAGUUCGAUUUACCUUCGAAUGUUGUUAUAUCUUAUGGACCACCCCGCAUGUUUAUACCUGUGAUGUUCAUACUUUUUUUACGUAGAAUAUCAUUAAAUGUGCAGUGCCCACGGAUCGCUCACCGAGACUGCCCACAUACUACUGAGUCAAAAAGAACAGGACGUUUUAUUUACACGCGAAGAAGCAAUUCACGGCUGCACAUUGGUCACUUAAUCAAAUAAAUUUAAUAUUGCAGCGAUCCUAAUUGAGAGAUAAUUGUUAAGUUUGUGAAAUUCGCUACUAGGUGUGCACAGCUUCUUCUCUGUUGAUGGAGUCUCUCCAACUCGAUUGGCCAAGCUGGUCACAUGGGUGCCUAACUUUAUUCAGUUGACAGCAAGUAGGAGGGCUUUAUGGAGGGAGGAAAAAAAGACAACUCGAGAAAAAUUAGUAUUUUCCACCUUCAGAAAUUAAUGGCCAUGAGUUCGUACAUGGUGAACUCCAAGUAUGUGGAUCCUAAAUUUCCUCCUUGUGAGGAAUAUUCUCAGAACAGCUAUAUACCUGAUCAGAGUCCAGGCUACUACAGUCCAUCGCAGGACACAGCAGAUUUCCAGCAUCCCGGGAUCUAUCCACGGUCAAACUACUCUGAACAGCCUUACAGCUGUAACACUGUCCAGAGCGCACCGGUGCAGUCGCGGGGUCAUGUGCAGGAUCAAGCCAGCCACCCAAGCCCUUUUCCCGCACAGACAGAGCACUGCCCUGCUGUCCAAAUAUCCGGACCUCGGACUUGUGGACAACAGCAAAACACAAAGAGCCAGAUGCAAGCCAAGCAGCCUGCUGUAGUUUACCCAUGGAUGAAGAAAGUCCACGUUACUACGGUGAACCCGGAUUACACAGGACCGGAACCCAAACGCUCUCGAACAGCCUACACAAGACAGCAGGUCCUAGAACUAGAAAAGGAAUUUCAUUUUAACAGGUAUCUAACAAGACGGCGUCGCAUUGAGAUCGCGCAUACCCUCUGUCUCUCGGAGCGACAGAUUAAAAUCUGGUUUCAAAACAGAAGAAUGAAAUGGAAAAAAGACCAUAAACUACCCAAUACGAAAGGAAGAUCGGCUUCAUCUGGAAAUCAGCAUGUACAGCACGCUCAGAAGGUCAACCAGACAGAGAUCACAACUUUAUAA